AUGCGAGGGAUGCUGUUGGUUCUUCUCCUCUCGAGGGCGAUAGGAGAGAGUCCUAGCGAAGAGAUCAUCACCCGGGAACAUAGAGCUUCAUGGCAGGGGAAACUCGCGCGAGACGUCUGGGCAGGCGAAGCCAUGAACAGCGUUGUCACGAGUGCAAAUACUGAGGGAGAUCCUCAAGAGCCUGCAGAAGACUCCUCAAGAUGCUCGCCGAAGCAAGACUGCGCGAGAAUGUAUAGGAUGGAAGGCUGCCAUGUCAGCAAACCCAGAUGUUUAGACUUUCUUGUGGAGCUGCUGGAUAUAUUGGAUCAACACAACCUCACGAAAUUUCCGAAACAAGCAGAGAGCGUCUUGCGGUGGAAGUGCGGAGCGGAGAAAUGCGGGACCUGCGCUGUGGUCGGCAACGCAUGGCAUCUCGUGGGGUCGUCUUUUGGUGAAGAGAUCGACAAGAACGAUCUUGUGAUUCGGUUUGGAGGAGCCGUAGAGCAUGUUGGGUUCGAGGGCGAUGUGGGAACAAGAAGUGACCUCCGAGUUGUCUAUCAUUCAACGGCUCCCCGACGCAGAGUGUCGGAUGGGGAGAGGAUCCUGCACCUGCUGACGCGGUUUGCGGCUGGGGGAAACAUCACAAAGGACGAGGACCAUCGUGUUCUCCUCUUCUCGCCCUGGCUCAUACAAGCUGCAAGAAAGCAGCUGGGAUGGGAAGAUUCGUUCUCUUCAGACUUUGGGAAACGAUUUCCUAGCGCUGGUCUCUCUGUUCUUGCAUGGACUCUACAACACUGCAAGCGGGUCAACAGUUACGGCUUUGGGGGAGGCCAACCGCAAGGAGCUUGGCAUUACUGGGAGCUACCAGAGGAGGCGUCAAGAACGAAGGAUCACUCAUGGGAUCAAGAAGAAGAAGUCUCGAGCAACCCUCCUGUGGGACCUCACAGUCUCCUCAUCUUGUGGUCGCAGGUCUGGUCGCGAGUGUUUCACGGUCAUGUCAAGGCUGAGCCUCGUCGCUUCUCCCUUCCAAACUCCUGGCAAGCCUCGCCCAUCUCCAAGCUCGUGCUGCUUGCUCCCGUAGAUGGCUCGUGCGUGUCGUCAGCCUCGGUGGCUGUAUACCUCCUCUACAGCCGAACAAGCGACAGACCUUGCAGGCAGCAAGUUUGUGCUCCCAGGAAUCUUGACUUCUCUAUCCUCCUCGACGGUCAUACAGUCGCUCACCUCACAGGAGCAGCAGUGACUGAUCGUUUGACUCACUUCGUGUUGCCGCAAAUGUCACAUGGAUGGCAUGAUGUUGACGUUAUCGAUCACGCGUCUGCUGGUGGAGGAGAGGCAAAUGAAAAGCACGCCAUGGACUUUCUGGAAGCAUCUCAAAACCCUCCAGUCUGCAAUGCUUCCAGCGUGCUAGUCGCUCGCGUCCCAAGUUUGAGCUCCCUGGGAAAAGAGUGGGAUGCAGCUGGAAGAGACGGGAUCAUUGCAGGCCUCUUGUCGAUUGCCGUCUCGCUCAAGCGAGCUCUCGUGCUUGCAGAUCCAGGGGAAAGGGGGGCAGACGACAACGAGCGAAUGCGCUAUGCAAGAGAGGCUCUGUUGGGCUCUGAGCGUACAGGCAGCAGCUGCUCUUUUCUGGAUGUGCAUGGGGUCUUUCACUUUGAGCGGAUGUGCAGCGAGCAUGGCGAUUGUCCGUCGGGCCUGGCAGAGGCGCUCCGACACGUACCGGCAGACUUUGACGACAUGGGUUUCGACUGGUGGAAGAAGCAGCUGAUAGGAUUCAUAAGAGCGCACAAGAAUCCUCCUUGA